AUGCGACCCGAUGGGCUCUCGAGCAAGAAUGGCCUGUCACAGGUUUCCAACGGAUCUAGUACCCGGAAAGCCAAUUUGAAGGGUCAGGCGACCGCAGGUGCAACUCCCGAGUCGAAUUCAAGGGAGACCACGAAGGCACUAGCAAGUGCCACAUAUUAUGGGCAUAGUCGAGAGGAGGUGACUCGGAUCUUGAUUCAGAGUCUAAAUGAGCUGGGGUACGGUGAAUCGGCCGCAAAGUUGAGCGAGGAGAGUGGCUACCAGCUGGAAUCGUCGGGCGUGGCGACGUUCAGAAGUGCGGUGUUGGGUGGACGUUGGCCUGAAGCUGAGAGGAUUCUGGUUCUCUCAUUCCCGCCCAGGAAUACUCUGCAGACGAGACAAAAGACGGAAUCGGAGGAAAUGCUGGUGUUGGGUCAAAAUGCAAACAAGGCCGAAAUGCUAUUUCACUUGCGACAACAGAAGUUCUUGGAACUCCUAGAGAGACGUGAUCUGGUUGCUGCACUCGCUGUGCUUAGGCAAGAACUGACACCUCUGAACUACGAUGUCGAGCGUCUUCAUGCCUUGUCCAGUCUGCUCAUGUCUCCACCGGAGUCACUCCAUGAUCAACCAGGCUGGGAUGGUUCCGUGAAAGCAUCUCGAGAACAACUCUUAGUUCACCUCUCCAAAUCUAUCUCCCCCUCUGUCAUGAUCCCCCAACACCGCCUGGCUAUCCUGCUAGACCAAGUGAAGCAGGCCCAGAUCAACAAUUGCAUGUACCACAAUAUCGCCCACCCGCCUUCUCUGUAUUCAGAUCAUUCCUGCGACCGCAGUGAUUUCCCAUUGGAAAUUGGUGCUAGUCUGACGCAGCACACGGAUGAGGUGUGGCAUUGUGGAUUUUCCCACGAUGGAACCAAACUGGUCACUGCGGGCAGUGACAAAAUGGUGCUCAUUUACGAUACGCGCGAUUUCUCCAUCAUUCACAAGUUGCAUGAUCAUGGCAGUGGAGUCGCUUUUGCCAGCUGGAGUCCGGAUGACUCUAAGCUAAUCACUUGCUCCCAAGACAAAAAGGCCCGAGUCUGGAAUGUCGAGACUGGCCGUUGCAUUCUGACCAUGGAUCAUCAUUCUGAGCCAGUCACAGCUGCAGGCUGGGCGCCAGACGGAGAAUCCUUUGUUACGUCCUCCUUCGACCCAAACUCCCCAAUCUGUCACUGGAGUUUACGUGGGUCCUGUCUACACGUCUGGAAAGGUGGAUUCCGCGUGCAAGACUGCGCUAUCAGUCCCGAUGGACGGAGAUUGGUAGCAGCAGACACAGACUCAAAGCUCCACGUCUUCGACUUCCGCACAUACGAAGAGGACUACUGCCUCUCCUUGUCUAGCAAGCCCACGUCUCUCGCAAUCAGUCGAGACUCGAAGAGUAUGCUUGUGAACCUGAAGCAAGGUGAAAUCCACCUUAUUGACCUCGAAACCACUGCGGUGAUCCGGCGCUUUAAGGGUCACAAACAAGCCGACUGGGUAAUUCGCAGUACCUUCGGUGGUGCCGGUGAGAACUUUGUUGUUAGCGGAAGUGAUGAUUCUUGUGUCUAUAUUUGGCACAAAGAGAACGGAUACCUCGUUGAAACCCUGCAGGGGCACGAGAAGGGUUGCGUGAACUCCAUUUCAUGGAAUCCAGCUGAUCCUGGGAUGUUUGCUUCGGCCGGCGAUGACCGUGCCGUGCGAGUUUGGACUCGAGAACGCGAUCCCCUCCGUGAUCCUUUACGCUAUGCCGGUGGUCUCAGUAUGAUUGGCGGGGCUUCAUCAAACAUCUUCCCUCGCACAAGUGCUCUGCGAACAACCUCCCCUCACGUCCUUUGA